AUGGUCAAUGCCAAAACAAAUUGUUGUUCAUGGCGGGGAUCUUAUUCAUCUUCAUCAGUCAAACUUUUGUCGUUUAUGAUGCCUCUGCUUCUGUUUGCCGGCCUCAUUUCUGUGUUGGGUCCAAAAGUUUCCUUCUGGCUUGCUGUCGAACGUCUCUUAUCCACCUCUGCCAAUCCUUCUUCUUCUUCUCAGAAACCGACACAAGGGGUUGUGGAUUUAAGCUCAAGCCAGGUGGUUGCCGUCGAUGCUCUCAGUAAGCAAGACAGUGCUAUCUCUGAUCCUCCACUUUCUUCUGCUCCGGUGAUCCAACCACUUCAACGAUCUAACAAAACUGAAGAAACAUUCAACGUCGACACUGAAAUUAGGCCCACCUCAGCUCAUUUAAACGAGUCAUACGUUCCUGUCGUGAGACAGAACAAGCCAAGAAAAUACAGCAUCCUAGAUAGGACCGAAGCUGGCCUGCUACAUGCUCGAUCUGCUAUUAGAAGAGCCGGAAACGGGAAUCAAACACCAGAUCCAGACUAUGUCCCAAUAGGUCCAAUGUAUCAUAAUGCCAACGCAUUUCACAGGAGCUACUUGGAAAUGGAGAAACAGUUCAAAGUCUUUGUGUACGAAGAAGGGGAGCCGCCAGUUUUUCAUAACGGACCUUGCAAGAGCAUAUACGCAAUGGAGGGAAAUUUUAUUCAUGCUAUUCAGGUGAACGACCAAUUCCGAACAAGAGAUCCCCAGAAAGCACACGCUUUCUUCCUUCCUUAUAGCGUAACAAUGUUGGUGCGAUUCAUCUAUGUUCGCGACUCUCGUGAUUUUGGACCCAUCAGAAAGACGGUCACAGAUUAUAUCAAUAUCAUCGCCUCCAGAUACCCCUACUGGAACAGAAGCCUAGGAGCUGAUCACUUCACGCUUGCCUGCCAUGACUGGGGGCCUGAGACUUCAUUUUCCAUUCCUUAUUUGCACAAGAACUCAAUUCGAGCGCUGUGCAAUGCCAACACCUCGGAGGGAUUCAACCCAGCGAAGGAUGUUUCCAUUCCAGAAAUUAACCUUCAAACUGGCUCGCUAAAUGGUUUCACUGGGGGUCCAUCAGCAUCGAGGCGUCCAAUCUUGGCAUUCUUUGCCGGAGGGGUUCAUGGUCCAGUCAGGCCUGUUCUUCUGGAUCAUUGGGAAGACAGAGACGAAGAUAUGAAGGUUCACAGGUACCUUCCUCGUGGCGUGUCGUACUAUGAGAUGCUGAGAAAGAGCAAAUACUGCCUCUGUCCAAGUGGAUACGAGGUUGCGAGCCCCAGGGUGGUGGAGGCAAUUUACACGGGGUGCGUGCCGGUGCUUAUUUCAGACCAUUAUGUGCCCCCUUUCAGCGAUGUUCUGAACUGGAAGUCCUUCUCGGUGGAGGUUUCGGUGAAGGAGAUACCCAACUUGAAGAAUAUAUUGAUGAGUAUCUCGUCGAGGCAGUAUAUACGAAUGCAGAGAAGAGUGGGGCAAAUUAGGAGGCAUUUUGAACUGCAUUAUCCUCCCAAGCGAUUUGAUGUCUUUCAUAUGACCCUUCAUUCUGUAUGGCUCAGGAGACUGAACAUUAGAGUUCGACAUGAUCAUUAA